AUGGCUUCUCGCCGGGGCGGGAAAGCCAACGUGAAGCCCCGCAACGACGUCGACGAUGAGGAAGACGACUACAUGAACAUGACCUUUGAAGACCAGGCGCCCGAGAAGGAGAGCUCCGUCAGACGCUCGGAGCGGCUCAAGCGCGAGUCUCAGGCCCGUGGCUACGUCAAGUCCAAGGCGACGCUGGCCAAGGAGGAGGCCGCGGCGCGCGAAAAGGCGCUGUCCAAGUCGCUGCUCGACGACCCGCGCUCCAAGAAGAGCAAGGGCCUCGCCAUGAUGGCCAAGAUGGGCUUCACCGGCGGUGGUCUGGGAAAGGGGACCGACGAGGGCGGCGGCGGCUCCGGCAGGACCGAGCCCAUCAAGGUCACCGUCAAGGAGAACCGUGGCGGUAUAGGCCUCGACAGCGAAAAGAAGCGCCACCUGCAGGACGAGGCGGCGGCGCGGGCCACCAAGGCUCCCAAGAUGGAUCCGCUCGAGUAUCGCGAGCGGGCCAGCAAAGAGAACGAAGAGGCCAGGCUGGAGAGCCAGCUGCUAGGAGCGCAGCGCGUUGUCGAGGGCCUCGAAGAAGCUCCGGCAUCCAAAUCCGGCCGCAUCCUCAAGUCCAUUCCCAUUGUUUACCGCGGCCUCGUCCGCGCCCGUGAGGAGAAACAGCACAACAUCCGCCUUCGACACGAGCUGGAGCAGUCCCUGGGCCGGCUGCCCGUGAUCGAGGACGGCGAGUUCGAUGACGACGACAAGACGGCUUUGGGCCUGAAGCACAUCAGCUACGUCACCGCCGAGGACCUGGACGACGAGGAUGAGGAGCUCGACGCCUUCAACGCGCUGGGCGCCGCCGACCGCCUGCGCAAGGUUGUCGAGUACCUGCGCCAAGAACAUCACUAUUGCUUCUGGUGCAAGAUGGCCUACCCCGAUGAGCGUAUGGGGGACUGCCCUGGCCUGGCUGAGGAGGACCACGACUAA